AAACUCUUACCCAGCCCCAAAGCCAAACUCUUGCCUAUUUAGGUUUCAGAGAGCUAUGGAGGACAUACUGAGGUCGAUCGAUGCGAUUUCUGAGCUUGCGCCAAAUGCCAAAGCGUAUCCUCGCCUGUGCAGGCUACUGUUUCUGGUAUGCAAUCGACAUGCCCGGUACUGCCCCAUGUGGAUCAAAUGCGGGCUCAUCUCUUACCUCUCACCACCGAUCAAAUUUGCGGCCUUGGAGCGCCUUGCCCAUGUAUUGGAUAGGGUGAAGGAAUUUCUCAGGCAAUGCAGUCAUAAAGAGCACUGGGAGUGGAUCGCUGCAUCCAGGUAUGACAGGAGAUGGGAAGUUGUGGAACUUCUGUCAGAGCUUCAGGAAUGUGUGGACAUAAUCAACUUGGACGCAAUUCGAAGGUCAAGGCGAAAAGAGGGUAUGUGGGCGGGCCGUGUUCUUGAGCGGCUGUCCGAGAUUGAGCAGGAGCAGGAUCUGUAUUAUGACCUCCACAGUUUGGCAAACGAAGAUUGUGCCGAAUUGGUGAAGAAUGCAAGUUCAGAGGAGCUUGUCGAGUACUUAUCUCAAAGACAAAGCGGCUACUGUCCAAGGAUAAACAUGGAAGAUUGGCCUGCCGCUCCUACUAAGGAGUGGUUUGGUUGGCUGGGUCAGGAGGCUAAACUUGUGGAGCUCGAUUAUGAUGAGGAUCUCGAGGUGACGAAGGGUCCUUUCCUAGGUCCAAGUUCCUCUAUUGUGCAGAUUUUUGGAUGGUGCCACUGCCACGAUACCGGGAAGCAUUACAUACUUACCGAGAAUCGCGACCGUCACAUAUUUACGGAGAGUGGUGACCGUCACAGUCACCAUAGUGAGGCACUCACACUGUCUUGCCUUCUGGAAGUCACUUAUCAAGUUGCACAAACUGUUCUACACUUGCAUAGACAUGGUUUUCGGGAAGUUGAGAUUGACCUGAGACUGCAUAAUUCUGUUGAGUUCAUGGUUUACUGGUGGCGACGGGGAAGGGGGAAUGCGACAAGUUUGAAGAGCUUACUCUGUGAAUCAUUAAAACUGUUUGUGAAGUUGGCUGAUGGUGAACUAUAUUCAGAGGUCCUGGAAGAAAUCAUGAACCAAAGUGACAAUGACUUUCCAGACAUGGAUGUGAUAGUCGAUAUCUUGCAAGCCUUUCGAACAGAGCGCACAGGUGCUGAGUGGAGAAAAAACAGUUUUCAACGUUGCCGCAGAAUUGAGCUUUACAGUUCUGAUGUGCUCCCUGCACAGUUUGAGAACUUGCCUAAGGUUGUUGAAGAACUCAGUGCUCUGUGGCACCCCCACAUCUUGCGGUACUAUGGAUCUGAGCCAGGCGUUGAAGCAAUAAACUAUCCAUGGAUUGUAAAUUGCAUGCUGUUCAUUUAUGCAGAGGAUGUACAUGGAAUAACACUUGCAAGUCGGUCAUUGAACGAAGAUGCAGUUCGAGCAUACACUUGUCAGAUUUUAUCUGGCUUGGUGUUUCUUCAUAGCAGAGGCACAAAACACGGGGCGCUCACAGCUGCAAACAUACUUGUGGAUACUUCGCGUGAAGUUGUUAAGCUAUCGCAUUAUGGCUUCGCUUUGCAAUCGAUUGAGGUCGUUCCUGAGAUGCCCGCUGAGGUUUGUGGAUUGAUAAUCGUGGCCACAUUGCUGAAACUUGUAUCUCCAGUAUUGUGAUAGUCUUUCAGCGGAUGUUUGGAGCCUGGGCUGUGUUGUACUUGAAAUGAUCAAGAAUUUGGAGCCACAGAGUAAAUAUUCAAGCAUAUCCAACACCAGCAAAGAUUUGCUCCCACAGGAAGUAGGCAAUGUCCAAUCUGGUGAGGAGGAGACCCCUGAAAUGCCUGGGAACAGCUUCCUAGUCGAAUGCAAUCACUUUUUGCAUCAGUGCUUCGAAAAAGGAACAAACAGACCCACAGCAGUGCAACUGCUUGAUCAUCCUUUCGUGCGUGGUUAUGGCAGGCUGCCAACCAACAUCAGCAUCAACAAGGAUUUGGACCUUGAAGUGGCAGGGUUGAAAGAAGAGCUAAGGGCAUUGAAGAUAGACUCUGAAGAUUUCUAUUUGAGCCGGUUUCCUCGGCAUUCAAAUAGAUUUUCAAGUGGCGCAUUUCAUGGUUUGUCUAUUCAUUCACCUGAGAUGGAGUCUGAGAUGGAUCCAAGAUGGAGUCUAUGAUGGAGUCUAAGAAGGACUUGUGAUGGAGUUGAAGAUGAACAUAAAUUAGAGUCCAAAGUCGAGUUUAAGAUGGAUUUGAGAUGGUGUCUGAAGUUAAAAUUGAGUUUGAGCACCUUUGGGUGUCGGUCAUGGGAUUAAACAUGUGGAGCAUUUAGACUAA